AUGAGGAGAAACAUGAAGCUAUCACCUAAGUUUUUUGGUCCUUUUCAAAUUUUGGAAAGGAUUGGACAGGUGGCUUAUCGCCUUGAGUUACCUCCACAGUCACAGCUACAUCCUGUUUUCCAUGUCUCUUGUUUAAAGAAAAAAGUUGGACAACAUAUUUCUCCUUUGACAACAUUGCCUCCAGUAGAUGUUCAAGGAGAAAUUGCACCUGAGCCUCAGACUAUUCUACAGCGCCAUAGCAGGAAGGAAGGGGCUCAUUACAGAUUGGAGAGUUGGCGUGGUUUUUAUCGAAGCAUUCGUCCAACUCAGAUGGGGCUAUCUCUGAAUAUAGACAGUUUUCAUCAAAGCAUGGUGUUCGAUCUUGGUAAGGAGACAAACCUGAGCGUUAAGAAGAAUUCUGCUCAUCUUUUGCUUGAUAUAGUGCCACUUAAAAUGGUGUUUAAGCCCUUUGAGAGAGGAGGGGAAAUAAAAACCGAUCACUAUUUGCCAAUCCAUAGAGAAGCUCCAACAUUUGUUGAGCAGGCACCUGAACAAGAAAUCCUUGUUACGGGAAUUAAGGUUGUUGAUCUUCUUGCACCAUACCAAAGGGGUGGUAAGAUUGGUCUGUUUGGUGGUGCUGGUGUAGGAAAAUUUGUGCUUAGUAUGGAACUUAUCAACAAUGUUGCAAAAGCUCAUGGUGGUUUCUCUGUGUUUGCGGGAGUUGGAGGACGCACUCGAGAGGGUAAUGACUUGUAUAGGGAAAUGAUGGAGAGUGGUGUCAUUAAGCAGGGUGAAAAGUAG